AUGCGUGCGCUCAGUUUUUGUCUUGCAGCUUCGCAUGGUGUGAGCCGGAUUGGCAGGCUCUGGAGUAUAGAGACGGCAGGGGGGCAACAGGAGCGCCUCAUCUUUCCUUCUCUCUACCCCACCCCUCCCACCUCGCUUCACACCAGUCGAACUGGCAGCCGGACUGGCAUGUGUGGGAGGGUAGUGACGUUGAGGGGGGGGAAAUCAACUCAAAUAUUCUCCUUCUCGCCACCUCUCCCCCUUUUCCCCCUCCAGUCGGGCUGGCAGGUGCUGGAGGGCAGUGACGGCAGGGGGGAGGGGCACUUGGAACGACUCAAUAUUCCUUUCUCUCCCCUUCCCUCGCUCCCCCCUUUCCCCCGCCAGUCGGACUGGCAGGUGUUGGAGGGCAGUGACGGCGAGGGCGGGAAGGCGUUCUGUCGCAGUGUGGCAGUGAGUGCACCCAAGAUCCGCCUCAUGCGCUCCGCUGACAUCAGCGCUGGGAGAACCCUGCAAGUGCUCAAUCUGAUAGCCUUCCCCCGCCCCGAGUACGAUCUGCCCUACUUCUGUGCCGACCUUGUCACCUUCCCCAGGGGCCACCUCAUCGUGCUGGAUCUGAACCCGUUACAUCAGAGUGAGGAGCAUUUCAGCAAGUACAUUGCGCCCAUCAUGCCCAUCGCCAACAAGUAUAUUGAGCACCUGCCAUGGGGCGGCGAGUUCACAGCGGAGUCUCUUCAGUUCUUCUCCCCAGCUCUCCUCUGGGCCAAGCUGCCCCUUGAUGCUGACGUCACUGCCCACGUGCUGCCCGCUUUCAAGGAGUACUUGCAGGCAUGGCUGCGCAUGGUAGAAACAUGUGAGCCCACAACCGACCCAGCAGUGAUGGCGCACAACAUGGAGUCGCAGCACCGCUACAUCUGCUGGCGCUCUGUCAAAGACCCCGGCCGGCCCCUCUUGACGCGCCUGUUUGGUUCUGAGAGAUGCGAGGAGGUCAUCGAGGGGUUCCUGUUUGCGGGGUCGCACGAGCUGGGCACCAAGGGCCUCCAGGACUAUUCUGCUGUAUUCCUUAACCCUCCACCCCCCAAACUCCCUCACCCCCCAAACCCCCCCUCCAUCCCUGAGUUCAUAAGGAUUCCUGUUUGCGGGUCCCAUCAGCCGGGCAGCAAGGGAUUCCAGGACUAUUCUGCUGCACCCCUCAACCCCCCCCAACCCCCCAACCUCCCACUCCGCCAGGAGUUCAUCGAGGGGUUCCUGUUUGCGGGGUCGCACGAGCUGGGCAGCAAGGGGUUCCUGGACUAUUUCCCUGAUUACCGCCAGGAGGAUGGCAGCAUCGCCAAGAAGCGGUCCAUGAAGGGCAAGGCGUACAGCAGUCGACCGUGGGAUGCACAUGGCAAGCUUAUCUUUUGA